AUGGCCAAGUCUCGUGAAGAGCUCAAUCAGCUCGCUCGCCAGCUCAAAUCCCUUCAUGUCUCGGGCCACCCUCUGAUCCUGACCAACGUCUACGAUGCCUGCACCGCCGCCGUGGUCGCUGGCCUCCCUUCAACCAAGGCCGUGGCGACCGCUUCUUUCGCCAUCGGGGCCAGUGCCGGCUUCAAGGAUGAAAACACCAUGUCCCUGGGCGACAAUCUGGAUGGGGUUCGCCGGGUGGCCAGGGGACUCCGCAACGCUGGCAAGGCCGACACAUUGCCCCUGACGGCUGAUUUACAAGACGGCUACGCUGACCCUGCAGAGGCCGUUAGACAGGCGAUCGAAAUAGGAGUGGUUGGCUGCAAUAUCGAGGAUGUGGACAACAGCUUCCAACCACCGAAAUUGAGACCCCUUGCAGAAGCAAGGAGCCGCAUCGAGGCUGCCGUUCGGGGGGCCAGGGAGGCAGGAGUGCCUGAUUUCGUGGUCAACGCACGCACAGACGUCUUUGGGUUCGACGGCACGAUUGACGACGUGGUGGAGCGUGGGCGCGCAUAUCUCGACGCAGGGGCUACCACGGUCUUUGUCUGGGGCGUGAGGAAGAAAGCCAUCACGGAGCAGGAGGUGAGAGACAUGGCCACCAGACUGGACGGGAAGUUGGCCGUGCUCGCACAGGGCUGUACCAUCGAAGCGCUGACCCGGGCUGGUGUCAGCCGCAUCUCCGUAGGUCCGACAUUACUGGUCAAAACACUCAAGUUCGUUGAGAAUGAAGCUACGGCUAUUCUGGAGGCGAAGGAAUGGUCUAUGUGA